AUGGGUCGCGAGAUUCGCUUCAAGCGCAACUCUCGAGGGUCAAUCGCACUUCAAGACAGCAUGCUUACCAACAAUCUCGCUCAGGCAAUAAUAAAAAGCUCCGACAGUUCUCCAAUCUCUUCCAAUCCCCUACAAGCCUCCGAAUCUGACAGUAGUGACGACGAUGCGACUGAUUAUCCAUACCAGACGAACGGCGAAUAUGGGACUGAUGUCGCGACGAUGACGCGUAAGCCCGCUGCUCAGAAGGAAGACCCUGGCCCGUCGGUUCGAGCCCGUACGGCCGCCGAGCUCGACGCUACCAUCAAAGCGCAAGUCGAGGACCCUCACUACCCGGGCCUAGACACUGCCGGAUUGCCUAUGCUACGAAAUUUUCUAACGGCAGCCGAACGGAAAAUCCGCGAUUUGCACCCCGAGCGGACCGAACUAGAUUGGAAAAAUAGCCAGCCCAGGCCGUUGAUAUCUACUUUGUAUCGGCGUGCAGCGCAGGGGCAGUUGUGUGGUCUCGAAGCCCCAGCGGAUCACAAAUGUACGCGCUGCGCCCAUGGCAAGGGUCAAUUCAUGCAUUGUCGGAUAGUUUUCGCGAACACCAACGCACAAUGGAUGUGGGCAUGUGCUAGUUGUGUAUUUUUUCGAAGACCCUACCAAUAUUCAUUUCGUCCUGAUGUAUCUCCGAAUGUGCCCGCGUGGGUUAUCGCAGCCGUGGCUGAACGCGAGCCCUCGAAUCCAUUGCUUUGCACAUACUACAGCGCAAAGGAUAUAGCUAUCGCCCUGGAGCUCUCGAAGUCGACUAGUCGAAAUCUCCCUGCACCUGUGGCCCACCCGAACCCCGAAAAAAUUGAUGACGAAUACGUACCCUCUGAGCGUGAACCACAACAAUCUCCUCAUGCAGCUGUAGAAGUGUCUAUUGUACAUCCCCCGACACAUCAACCUACCAUUGGAAGUUCACGCGUGCGCGGAAGCACCGUCUCAAACGGGACACCCGCUACUCAAGAUAUAGACGAAGAGCAACCCGCUAAGCGCCGAAAGUCAAAUGUUGGUCCCAUAAGGGUCAGCCGGGGGACCACCAAGGACGCGCCUAAACGUCGCAAGCCAGAACCUGGACCCGCAAAGCCCAGUGGGGGCGCCACUAAGGACGCACCUCCUAAGCUCAAGAACGGGGGACUCCCAUUCAACACGACCUGGUACAACUCGCCUCUUGAAGACCCCGAGGUGUACCGUAUGAAGGAUAAAGGCCAUGCCAUUGAUACCUACAACGACCUUGCAGCCAUCAUCGCUCGCGCCACGGAGGAUUACAGUCGGAUGAAGGCAGCACUGCUUAGGAAAGGGUUUUUGCCGCAGUCGGGUGACGAAGAGUCGGAAGAGGAGAACGUGUUUUCUGUAGACUGA